UGUUAUUUAUUAUUUUUCUACUUAAGGCAUAGAUUAUCAUAAAUAAGUAUACGCUAUAGGUUCACAACUAUAACACAAGGAUGUUUGCUAUAUUAUAUUGGAAAAACUAUGUGUUGAGACUAUGAAUAAUGUCGAUUGGUUACUUUUUUACUACAUGGAUUUUUAAUAUGAUAUUGAGCCAUUAAAUUAAUACAAUUUUCAUAAUUAUUUAAUUAUCAUAAUUGGUUUUUUUUUCAAUUUUAGUCAGCAAGAUACAGUAACUGAUGUGUGCAUGUACCCAAGUAAUUUAAGAGAUUGUUUUGUUUGGAAAAACUUCUUCUGAAAAAAAUGUUUCCACUAACGGUUCCACAUGGACGGAUAUGUCCAUAGAGUAUGACCGUAUAUUCGGAUCAAUAGAGAGCAAUUCUAUACAAACGGUGGCGCAAUUUAAGAGACAAUUAUCAAAAAUAUUUGCGAGCAAAUAAAACAAGAACUGGUCAAGGUGCAAAUGAGGUAAUCAAUAAAAGUUUAGCCAACUACAAAAAGUGGCAAUGGGCUACCCAGAUGGAAUUUUUAAAGCCGUAUUUACAAUUAGCUAGCACCCUUUCUAAUAUUCCUGGACAAGAAGAAUCUGUUUCUAACGUCCUUACACCUCAACCAGGACCAGAGUUCAGUCAAGAAAUAGAAGAUGAGAAUAUCGGUAGAGAAAAAUCAGUUGUUGCGCAAGUACGAAAUACCUCAAAAAGAAAAAGAUGCACAAUUGAAGAAAACGUGGACACAGAUAUGGGUAUUCAAAAAGUAAUAAAUUACUUCAGAGAAAAAAAUGAGAACAAACGUUCAAUGACCGCGGUUGAACAUACUUUUAUGGGAUGGGCGAAAACAGUAAGCACACUUUCCUCGAAAAGACAAGUGCUACUAAAAAUGAAAAUUGGACAGUUGAUAGCAGAUGCAGAAUUUGAAGAACUUGAUGAAUUAGAGAAGAUAAAUACCACUAUUACAUAUAAAGAGUCAACUCGUACAAACGUAAGUAACCGUUCGAAUUAUAUGACACAGAAUGAAGCCAUCAAUACAGGUCCCGGUUAUAAUACGUCAUACUGUGAACAGCUAUACCCUUCUUGUAGUAAUAGUAACGGAUUGGAAACUCACGACAGGUCUCCCUCCCCAAAAUCACAGUUAUCGCAUUGUGAAGAGGAAGUCUACCAAGAAGAGCCCGUAGACUUCACCAAAGAAUUACCUUUUAAUGAAUAUUAGAUACCUAGUUUAGAGUAAGUUAAACUAAAAAGUUUAUAAU